AAAUAAUUUGCGUAUGGGUAAAAGAUGCCAGUAGAAGAUGGAGAAGACUCUUAGAAAAUGCGGCAGUUCUUCUGGGAGUAGCUCAAACAAUCACCUCGAUAUAAACACGUUACCGUUUGUGAUACCUAAAGCCUAUCAGAUAGCGAAAUCUCGAAUACCGGAACUCGACUAUCAUUUGGACAUUCACAGAUUUAAUUAUACAUUCAAAACGGAGAAUGAGAUACUGAACAACAAGCGGCUGCGCGAGGCAGCAGAACUAGCAGCAGCAGAACAGGCGGCAGUAGAACAGGCGGCAGCAGAACAAGCUGCUCUAGAAGAAGCAACCUCUGCUAACGAACAGUUGGAGGAGGGUGGUUCAGGGUCUUCAGACGACUGUGAGGUUAUUGUAGAGCCUCAUCCUACCAACCCUUUCCUCGCAGUCAGCGGAGAUGUUCUCAUUCCAACUGCCGCGUCUGCGUCUGUUAACAAUAAACCUAAACGACCUACCGCCAGCAACCAAGAUCUCGUCAACGACUUUGAUGUGAACAAUUCUAACCCUUUCGAUGGGGCCGAGCUGCAAUCUCUGAGUAAUUUUGAUGCACUUAAAUCUAUUCUGGCCCCUCAGCCUGCACAUGAUUUCUCUUUACUUGAUGGUCCUCAAGAGACUGUCUAUGCAGACGUUACCUUUAUCAAGAAACUUUCCUCCGAGCCUGCAGACUCCAGCCCCCCUGAUCCAGUAUACUCCACCGUUAACAAGCCUCCUGCAGUUAUUAAAUCCAAUAAACUGAACAGCGGCAGUAGCAUAGAGGUUAGCAGUGCGGGUAACGGACCUCAAAUACACAGCAGCACCUUCACUGCCGUUAAAAGUAACCCCUCAUUUGAGGUGCCACCUUCUUACAGUCCCCCUAGUUACAGCGAGGUGCCUCCCUCCUACAGUCCACCAGCGUACGCCUCGCCUCCUCCUCCUCCUCCUCCUGCCUCCUGCUCCCCCUUCCCCAAAAUACCAGAGGAAGUGGUUGCACGCGCUAUGCAGCGCCUGGAGCACAACCAGGAAAAGUGCUUUCAAUUCCUCCAGGAAGUGCUGGAUGUCAUGUCAAAGAAUGAGUGUAGCGCGGAGGUAGCAGAGGCGGCGUCUCUUUUAGAGGCAUCUGGUAAAAAGAGAGAAGAAAGGGUGGGUCUUAUCAAGCAGUUCAAUGAGAUGGGCUAUACUGUUCAGAACAUUGUAAUGGGGCUGAAAAAGCAGCCUGAAAAUACAGACCUAGGCCUACUCCUUGACUUCCUUGUAGAGAACAGUUGACAAGUUUUACUCUCUGUUCACUGUUACAGUCAAUAAGUUGGUUUGAGCUGAUUGUGCUCUCCAUAGUUGCAAUAGAAUCGAAGUUUGAUUAAAUGAAGAGAUCCCGCUUAAUCUACAUGUAUGCUGCUAGUCCCCUCAAAAUAGGGGCGUCGAAAUGUGGGCGAAAUUGAAUUUACAUUUUUCGAGCAUAUAAACCAAUUAAAACCUGAACACGUACUUCAUGGAGUGAAAAUGAAAAAACUACAUUUCGACUACAUUUCGCUGGUCCCAUUUCAACGGAGAUGGUAGCAUACAUGUAAGGACAAUGAAUCAUGACAGAGUUUUUAGUAAUUUUAUAUGUUUCGUCGCAUGGGAAAGAAAAUUCUUAAGCUACGACAGUGACUUCAACAGCCAGAAAAUAGAAAUGGGAAUCAUUAUGAAUUGAUAAUUUAAAAAAUAAAAACGUGUAAACAAGUAGGUGCCUUUUUUAGACACGCUUCAUCUCGACAUUUGUUUUUAAAUGAUUGCUGAAUGCUGUUGUACUGUCAAGACACAAAAAAUGUUUAAUUUUUAAGAAGAACGGAUUUUCUGAUGACGAUUGAUAGUUGGAUUUAUUCUUUUUUGAUUUGAGCCUAUUGUUGUGAUUGUUCUAUUGGUUUGAAUAACUAUGGGAGAAGUUUAAUUGUUGCGUUAUAAGCAGCUUGAAGCUUCACUUUCCGAAAAACUUCUAUUCGGUAGGAAUGUUCGAAAUUGUGUAAUUUAAAAUUUUAUUUUGAUAUAACGCCAAAGUUGUGUUUAAUGAUAAUACUGUUGGGUAUUCGGGAUCUA